AUGUCUUCCGUCGCUCUUCUUGCCCUUGUGGGAACUGUGGCCUCUGCAGCCAAAGUCUGUACCAAUGUCACAGUUCCAGUAUACAUCAACGCAAGACAAGCCGUCUUUGACGUUCCUACCUUCACAUCGAAUCUUGAUGCCACCAAGUUCGCCCUCGAUUUCACCAACAUUGGCAUGAACUAUACCGAUGUUGUCACUACCGGGUUCCAGACAGUGACCGGACACUACAAUAUCAGUGCCAAGUACUGCAAGCCUCAAGGCGACAAGAAAACCAACCCUGUCGUUCAGGUUUUGACUCACGGUAUUGGUUUCGACAAGAGCUACUGGGAUUUGUCUUACGACAACUACGCCUACUCUUAUAUUGAUGUUGCAGUUGCCGCUGGUUACCACACUGUCUCCAUUGACAGAUUCGGCAUUGGCAACUCAUCCCACGCCGACCCUCUCAACAUUGUUCAGGCUCCUGCUGAGGUUUCUGCUCUGCAUGAGAUCACCUUAAUGCUUCGCAAUGGUACCUUCCCUUCGGUUCAGCAGAAGUUUGGCAAGGUCGUUCAUGUCGGCCACAGCUUCGGAUCGCUCCAAAGUUAUCUCUUGACAGCCCUUUACCCUGGCUCCUCCGAUGGUGUUGCGCUUACUGGCUUUUCCAUGAACGGUACCUGGCUCGCCCAGACUCUUGCUGACUGGAACCUGCACCUUGCCCGUCUCAAUCAGCCUCUUCGUUUCGGUAACCAGACUGUUUCUCGCAGCAAGACCAAUACUUCUUGGCUCAGUCAGAACAUCCUCUCAAUCCUGCAGUCUGCUCUUGGUGCUGUUGGUAUAAACCUCUCGACUGAUGAGCUUUGGCAAGACAUCGCCACUACCGAAGUUGGAGACAUCAUCAACGGCUGGAAUGCUACUGUGGCACCUGUCGCGCAAAAUCUGCCCACUGGAUACCUGACAUGGAGCGAUUUCACGGCCAACAUAUUCGCAUUCCUAUACCCUGGACACUUCGAUGUUGGCGCUGGCCUCUACGGUGAGAGCACAAAACAGCCUGUCACUCUUGGAGAAAUCUUCACUCUCGGUAACGGAGCCCCUGCAACCUCUCCUUUGACAGGUCCUGCUCUCGUCCUCACCGGUCGUCAAGACACCAUCUACUGCGGCGGUGACUGUCUCGCAACUGGUGGUGCUGCAGCUAGCAUUCCUGCAGGAGUUGGUAAAGCAUUCCCUCAUGCCAGCAAGUUCGAGGCCUACAUCCACCCUAACACUGGUCAUGGAAUCAACUUUCACUACAACGCUACCGGCGCAUACCAAGUAGUUCAGAACUUCUUCGCCUCCAACGGCCUCCAGAGCUCAUAG